AUGCUACCGCCGGAGAUUCGGUCACCCCUUACUCGGUACAGGAUACUUGAGGAGAAUAUUAAAGCGUCCCACUCAACCCGAUUAGAAGCACAUAUUCCAAUCUUUCGCGACAUCAAAACCCCGUGGCCAUUCCAAGAUCGCGUAGCUGACCUGGCAGCAAAGGAACAACACCAAACGUCGCCAAUCUUGAAAGAGAACUGUAUUCAUCUAGAUGGCUUCGGUUUUGCAGGUGGAAGUUGCGGCCUGCAUGUAACCCUACAAGUCAAGAACGAAUCUGAAGCACGGUGGUUACAUGACCAGUUAAUUCCACUCGGCCCAAUUAUGCUUGCCCUGACAGCGUCUUCGCCCAUUCAUAAAGGGUUUUUGGCCGAUAUUGACGUCAGAUGGAGAUGUUUCACAGCAACUGUUGACGAACACACAGCAAGCUAUCCGAAGGAUCUAUUGCGCUUUGCACCCAAUCCAACCUACAUUUCUCGAGACCCGCGCUGCAAGAACGAAUGGACGCGUAUAGCAGCCCUAAUUGACCCGGAUAUCAAGAUGGACCUCUAUAACGGAGGAAUGGAUGAGCCACUCGCCACUCAUUUUGCCUACAUUUUAUCACAGGAGCCAUUCCUCCUUACACAUGAAGACAUCGCGAAGGCGGAUUCGUACGAGGAUCACGGCAUAUUCCAUGCUUACCAGUCAUGUGUCUGGCAGCCUGUCCGACUUAAACUCCCCUCUCCCUGUGGUGAGACUGGCUGGAGAGUCGAGUUCAGACCUAUGGAGAUGCAGCCACGAGACUCGGAAAAUGCCGCCUUCGCUAUUUUUAUGUUCUUACUAUCGCGGGCAAUUCUCACUUUUGACAUUAGCCUGUAUAUUCCCAUUGAGAAGGUGGCUGAAUCGAUGAAAACAGCCGAAAGACAAACGCCUGCGUCGAAAGAUUUUACCAACCCAUACGAGCUGAUGAGUGUUCACGAAAUCAUCAAUAGCGAGAAUGCAAAAGAAAAUACGGAAGAAUCACUAUUCCCGGGCCUUAUUGCAAUUGUGCGCGCUUACCUGAAGCGCAUUCAGGUCUCACCGACACAGGAAGUCCAGCUUUCACGCUAUCUAGACAUUGUCAGCCAAAGGGCGAGUGGACAGCUAUCAACGCCAGCCAACUGGAUGAGGAUUGCCCGGAUUCCAUUUCUUGGCCUUCUUUUACAUACUCAAGAUAUGCCCACAGUGAUCACACUCGGCCAGGUCAAUGUUGCUACAGCUGAAUUCUUCCAUAUGGAUAACUUUUAUGUCUUCUGCACUAAGCCUUCCCCCUAA